AUGCCGAGUCAGCCAAUCUCGCCCGGGCCCACGAUCGGCCUCAGUACCACUCACCAGGACCUGGGAAAGCACAGGAAAACAGGCCGUGACGUCGCUAUCAAAGUUAUCGACAAAUUGCGGUUUCCCAGCAGGCAAGAGAGCCAGCUCCGGAACGAAGUGGCCAUCUUACAGAAUCUUCAUCAUGCUGGUGUGGUGAAUAUGGACGCCAUGUUUGAGACCCUGACCAGGGUCUUUGUAGUAAUGGAGAAGCUACACGGCGACAUGUUGGAGAUGAUUCUGUCCAGUGAGAACGGCAGACUGCCUGAGCGUCUCACCAAGUUCCUCAGCACCCAGAUUCUGGAGGCCCUUCGCCAUUUACACUUCAAGAACAUCGUCCACUGCGAUCUGAAACCCGAGAACGUCCUCCUGGCAUCUGCUGACCCCUUCCCCCAGGUCAAGCUCUGUGACUUUGGCUUUGCACGCAUCAUCGGAGAGAAAUGCUUUCGGAAGUCAGUGGUGGGGACGCCAGCCUACCUGGCCCCCGAGGUGCUGCGCAGUGAGGGUUACAAUCGCUCGCUGGACAUGUGGUCAGUGGGGGUCAUCGUGUAUGUCAGUCUCAGUGGGACUUUCCCCUUUAACGAGGAGGAGGACAUUAACGACCAGAUCCAGAACGCCGACUUCAUGUACCCACCCAGCCCCUGGAAGGAGAUUUCACAGUCGGCCAUUGAACUGAUCAAUAACUUGCUCCAGGUGAACAUUAGGAAGCGAUACUCUGUGGACAAGGCUCUCAGCCACAGGUGGUUACAGGAUUUCCAGACCUGGUUGGAUCUGCGGGACUUUGAGACCCGGUUUGGUGAGCGCUACCUCACGCACUCGAGCGACGACACCCAUUGGCAGCGCCACGCCGAAGCUCACGGCCUUGACCACCCCUCGCACUUCAUCCGAGGCUUGGAGGAGGUGGAUGAGGAGGAGGGGGCCUGAGGGGAGGGUCACUCUCCACACCCUCCCUGUCUCAGACAGCAAAUGGAGAAAGGCGAAUCUCUCCACUCACCACCCGUCCCAGCUCAGGAACAAAUCGCUAACCAGCGUCUGGCGGGGUCGCAGACGAAGCAGAAAGAACGCGGGGAGCUAUGACUUUGUUCUUUAUUCAAUUCUUUCAUGUGAUGUGGGCGUUGCUGGACAAGGCCAGUGUUUGUUGCCCAUCCCUAAUUGCCCUUGGGCUGAGUGUCUCGCUCGGCCAUUUCAGGGGGGCAGUUAAGCCUCAACCACAUGUGGCUGUGGGUCUGGAGUCACAUGUAGGCCAGACCGGGUAAGGAGGGCAGAUUUCCCUCCCUAAAGGGGACAUUAGUGAUCCAGAUGGGUCUUUCCAACAAUUGAUGAUAGUUUCAUG